AUGCUGUCGGAGGAAGAGCGGGCGACGCUGCUCAAGUACUACUCUACGGUGAAGCUUAAUGAGGCUCAACGCGAUCAGCUCGCUCAGGCAUACUGGGCCGCAACGCGUGCGGAGCGGGGAGAGAUUGCCAAGGUGUACGCCCACACGUUCGUAGACCCCACGUUUGUGCAACGACUCAUCUUCUUCCAUGACUACCACAUGUCUCCCACAGCGGCUGGCACAGACCCGUCGUCGCCAGCAGGGGCAGCCGCUGGAACCGGCCCCUUCUUCAUGAGUCAGCAGGGCGGCGCUGAAAGUGGCCACUCUCCUCUCGUGGCGAGCCCCAAGCCGUCUUUCAUGACUGGGAAUCCAAUGACGGAAGCGAAUCACGCGCCGCGCCGCACGCAUGCCCAGCGCUUGCUCCGCUCCACAAUUCAAGAGCACUUCCCCAAGCUCACCGGCCCUGGGCCGUACGCGCUAAAAUUCGGAUGUGUGCUGUCAGAGAAGACCCGCGAAGAGGUUAUUGAGUUGUAUGCUUCGCAGUUUCUGCACCCCGACCCACCCGAGCUGCACCGCAUCGUCACACUGCCGAGUAGCUUUUCCACUCGCACCCGCAAGCGAAUCAGCGGCUCGUACUCGUGGUACCUGCGCUGCUUGGCAACUCAGGAGCUCGUCUGCGCUGUUACUAUAUCGGUUCAUCAACAGGAGACAAUACGGUUUGCCGAGAUGCCUCUGUUUGCGACGGGUGUUGGGUACAAGAAGAACCGCUUUGGACGGUUGCUGAACGCGGCGCUGUUGGCAUGGUGUGCGGAGGUGGGGCUGGAGUUCAUCAUGAUUUCUGCUGACGUGCAGGCGAUCCCGUUCUGGCGCCAUUUGGGCUAUCGCGCGAUGACGCGCGGAGAGAAGAACCGGAUUGACUUCUUUUACCAGCAUGACUGCUGCAAGUUCAAGGAUGCAGAGACGAUGAUCGGGUACUGCGAUCUUCAUGGAGGAAACGGAGGCCUUUCCGGUGGCGCACGUCAUCGCGCCGCUCACAGCGGCGGCUCUGCAGAGGUGCUGCAUAUGAGCGUCAAGCAGGUUCUGGCGCAAAUGACUCGCUUUGUCUUGGAGGGUCCCGCCAAGUUACCGACUGAGUAA